AUCCAAGUCUGUGGGAAAAUAGCAUAUAUUUCCCAGAAUGCAUGGAUCCAAACAGGAACUGUGCAAGGCAAUAUUCUCUUUGGAUCACCGAUGGACAGGGAAAGAUACCACAACACACUGGCGAGGUGCUCGUUGGUCAAGGACCUUGAAGUGUUGCCAUAUGGAGAUUGUACUCAAAUUGGAGAGAGAGGAGUUAAUCUUAGUGGUGGUCAGAAGCAGCGCGUCCAGCUUGCUCGUGCACUAUACCAAAAUGCAGACAUCUAUCUUCUUGACGAUCCUUUCAGUGCUGUUGAUGCCCAUACAGCCACAAGUCUAUUCAAUGAAUAUGUCAUGAGUGCUCUAUCGGACAAGACUGUUCUCUUGGUGACGCACCAAGUGGAUUUUCUACCUGUAUUUGACUCCAUUUUGUUAAUGUCAGAUGGAGAGGUUAUUAGGUCUGCACCUUAUCAAGAUCUAUUGGCAGAUUGUGAAGAAUUUAAAGACCUUGUAAAUGCCCAUAAAGAUACAAUUGGUGUUUCCGAUGUUAGUAACAAUAUAACCACUCGAAGAUCUAAGGAAGUAUCAGUGAAGGAGACAGAUGGUAUUCAUACAGAAUCUGUGAAGCCAUCACCGGCAGAUCAACUGAUCCAGAAAGAGGAAAGAGAAACAGGGGAUGCAGGUGUCAAGCCUUAUAUGCUUUACCUGUGCCAGAACAAAGGCCUCCUGUAUUUCUCUCUUUGUAUUAUUUCUCACAUAAUUUUCGUAGCUGGGCAAAUAUCACAGAAUUCAUGGAUGGCUGCUAAUGUCCAAAAUCCUCAUGUUAGUAUGCUGAAGUUAAUUUCUGUGUACAUUAUUAUCGGAGUUUGCACAGUGUUCUUCUUGCUAUCAAGAUCUUUGGCAGUCGUUGUUCUUGGGAUCCAGACAUCACGAUCCUUAUUUUCCCAGCUACUCAAUUCAUUAUUCCGUGCACCAAUGUCCUUUUUUGAUUCUACUCCUCUUGGAAGGGUUCUUAGCCGGGUCUCUUCAGAUUUGAGUAUCGUUGACCUUGAUGUUCCAUUCGCCUUCGUAUUUAGCCUUGGUGCCAGCUUAAACGCAUAUAGCAAUCUAGGGGUACUGGCUGUUGUUACAUGGCAAGUUCUGUUUGUAUCUGUGCCAAUGAUAGUUUUGGCAAUUAGGCUGCAGAGGUACUACCUAGCCUCGGCCAAGGAAUUGAUGCGGAUCAAUGGUACCACCAAGUCUGCUCUAGCGAAUCACUUAGGUGAAUCGAUUGCAGGGGCUAUAACCAUAAGGGCCUUUGAGAAAGAAGAUCGUUUCUUUGCUAAAAAUUUGGACCUUGUUGACAAGAAUGCCAGCCCAUAUUUCUAUAAUUUUGCAUCAACUGAAUGGUUGAUUCAACGUCUGGAGAUAAUGAGCGCCGCAGUUCUUUCUUUUUCUGCCUUUGUCAUGGCCCUUCUUCCUCAAGGAACUUUUAGUCCUGGUUUUGUGGGAAUGGCAUUGUCCUAUGGUCUUUCCCUAAAUAUGUCAUUUGUUUUCUCUAUUCAAAACCAAUGCAACCUGGCGAAUCAAAUAAUCUCGGUGGAACGGGUGAACCAGUACAUGGACAUACAAAGUGAAGCAGCAGAAGUUGUUGAGGAAAAUCGACCAUCACCAGAUUGGCCCCAAGAUGGUAAUGUGGAGCUUAGAGAUUUGAAGAUCAGGUAUAGGAAAGAUGCUCCCCUUGUACUACAUGGAAUCACAUGCAGGUUUGAAGCUGGAAAUAAGAUUGGUAUAGUUGGUCGAACGGGAAGUGGCAAGACAACAUUAAUUGGUGCAUUGUUUCGUCUUGUUGAACCCGCCGAAGGGAAAAUAAUUAUAGACUCUGUGGACAUCAGUACAAUAGGCUUGCAUGACCUGCGUUCGCGUUUGGGUAUCAUUCCACAAGAUCCAACACUUUUUCAGGGUACAGUAAGAUACAAUCUAGAUCCUCUUGGGCAAUUCUCAGAUCAACAAAUAUGGGAGGUUCUUGACAAAUGUCAACUUCUUGAAGCUGUCCAGGAGAAGGAUCACGGAUUGGAUUCACAUGUUGUGGAAGACGGGUCGAACUGGAGUAUGGGUCAAAGACAGCUCUUCUGUCUGGGACGCGCACUUUUGAGAAGAUGCCGUAUCUUAGUUCUUGAUGAAGCAACAGCCUCUAUAGACAAUGCAACAGAUGCUGUCCUUCAGAAAACAAUCCGGACAGAAUUCAAAUAUUGCACUGUUAUUACAGUUGCACACCGUAUACCAACAGUUACGGACUGUGAUAUGGUACUUGCAAUGAGCGAUGGGAGAGUAGUGGAGUAUGACAAACCUACAAAGCUCAUGGAAACUGAAGGAUCUCUCUUCCGCAAACUGGUCAACGAGUACUGGUCAUACACAUCGAACGGAAAUAUUUAGAAGAGACUGUCAAUUUUGAUUGCUUACUCGCUGCAGCUUUCCAAGAAAUAAAAGAUAAAUUAGAUUUUAGAAAAUAGUGCCACGAUUGAAGAUAUACAGUAAUCUAUGCUACCUCAGAGGAAUUCAUCUAUUUGGAAUCUGAAGAAAGGCAGUAGUAUUUAUUGUCAGGCAAUUUCUUUUGCUACCAGAAAUUCUGUGCAAUACACAGUGGACUGCCUCUGCCCUUCAGUAUUGGUGAAGCUGAGCAGAGUAAACCCCUGAAGAGAUAGUAGAAGGCUAAACUAGAGGUACUUCAAAUCUACAACCUACGCAUGCGAUGCGAUGUGAGCAUAUGUGUUUGCUGACAGUGUUAUGGUCGAGUCGUUUGUCGAUUAGCUAAUGCAUUCACUUCCACAUCAUUUACAGUAGCUUUGUAAGUUUAUGCUGAAUGCAUUGACUUUAUGUACGAGGUUUCAGACUAUGAAAUGUAAAUAGAUGCGAUUGGUUUCUGUUGUC